AAUUUGCGAUAAGAUUAAAAUCAUUCACAGCCACAAAGUGUUUCAGAACUUCGACAUGUAUAUAUAUAGAGCCACCUUGCAGCUCUUGUUUCAGUGAAAACUGUGUUUCUUUAUUUGUGGAAGUCUUCGAUUAGAAGCAAAAAUGGCCGAAGCAAAGCUGAGCGGCAUAAAAGACAAUAGGUGGUCACUCCAUGGCAUGACGGCGCUUGUGACAGGAGGCACUCGAGGCAUUGGGCAUGCCAUCGUUGAAGAAUUGGCAGAGUUUGGAGCAGCCAUUCAUGUUUGUUCACGGAAGCAAGAUGACAUUGAUAAGUGUUUGGAAGAGUGGAAAAAGAAGGGAUUCAACGUCACCGGUUCAGUCUGUGAUGUCAAACAUCGCGACCAACGCCUCAAGCUCAUGGAAACUGUUUCCUCUAUCUUCCAUGGAAAGCUUAACAUUCUGGUGAACAAUGCAGCGGUAGAAAUAACAAAAAACAUAGUAGAUCACACUGCUGAAGAUGUAUCGACUAUAAUGGCUACCAAUUUUGAGUCUGCUUUUCAUUUGACUCAACUUGCACAUCCACUUCUUAAACAAUCUGGAUAUGGGAGCAUAGUAUUCAUUUCAUCCAUUGCAGGUGCAAAAGCUAUUCCAGGUUUAUCUGCUUAUGGAGCCGCUAAAGGAGCCAUGGAUCAAUUCACUAAGAACGUAGCAUUGGAGUGGGCAAAGGAUAACAUUCGUGCAAAUGCUGUAGCACCUGGAACAACUUGGACUUCAAUCUUUGAAUCUUUCAGGGAAAAUAUUGGACCGAAAGAGUGUGAUGCUAUUGUUACAUCCACGAUAAUUUUGGGUCGUGUAGGAGAAACCAACGAAAUAUCACCACUCGUUGCUUUCCUUUGUCUUCCAGCUGCAUCAUACAUCACUGGGCAGAUUUUCUAUGUUGAUGGCGGUUUCACAUCUUAAAUUUCAGUUAGAUACUUCGGAAUUAAAUAAGAGUCACUUUGUUGAAUUAAUUCUAGUGUUAUGUAUCAUUUGAAUCUUGCUUACCAUUGGUUCGCCAUCUUUUCCAUUUAUCUUAAGUUCUUAAGCAUUAGUAAAAAACUAUGAU